AUAAAUAUUUUUAAGUUUUUUAUUUCAAGUUUGUUGAUAAAUUGACAAUUUACAUAUUCCCUAAUAUAAAUACUCAUUCCAUUCGAUAUGAAAAACUUCGUUGUGAUUUUCACGAUUUGUAUUAUUGGCACUAAUUCGGCCCGCAUACAGAAAGUGGACGAAGAUAAAAUGUUAGAACGUUAUGCUGAUUGUGCCAAAGAAGCAAAAAUUGAUUUAGCUCUCGCUAAAAAAAUUGUCCAAACUACAGAAGCCAAACGAAGUUCUUCAAUCGACUGCUUUAUUACGUGUAUGUUAAUAGAAAUGGAUAUUAUGACCGAAGAUGAAAAAUUAGACGAAAACAUGCUGAAACAGAGGUUAAUAGAACAAAAAAUUGAUCAAGUUAAAGCCCAAGGUGUUGUCGACAAGUGUAAAAAUAUCAAAGGGAAAGAUAGUUGCAAUUUAGGUGGCAAUUUAUACGACUGCUUCGAUUUUAUUCAUUUAUGA